CUGGCCAAGGUUUCGUUAACGCUGUUUUGGGAUGAAAAUUGCAAAUUGGAUUCAGCCAUGUGAUAGCCGUUGAACUUGAUACACUCGCAAAAUGUAGCAUCGUCCAGGGACGUUUUGCUAACUUAGGCUCCUGGCUGAGGAAAAUUUCUCAAGAAAAAUAUUUAACCUAGGAAACUUUGCACUAACUUUGCCCUGCGGAAAUGGCGUGCCUCGGCGCUCUGAUUUUAUAGACACCUUCAGAUCUAGACUUGAAGUUAUGAGCGGGCUACUGGAAACUGGAAGUUCACCAUCGGAAGUGGAAAGCUUAGACCUGGAUGAAGAUUCCAGCUUGGAGUCUGGUAUUGUGAAUGAGCUGAUUGAUGAGGCCAUUGUCGGUGUUUGUUUAGACAUUCAUCGUUCCGUUAAACAAGGAGUGUACAGUGUCCUUGAGCAAUCAGAUGAAAAAAUUAUGAAACAGUUUGAAGUGGUGGACCGUGAUGGUCUGGAUGUGUUUGGGCAGGGACCAUUAAAGAAACAGGUUGAGUGCAUUUGUCCCAGCUGUCAGAGGAACAUGGCUGCUAACAGAUUUGCCCCUCACCUAGAAAAAUGCCUAGGAAUGGGUCGUAACAGCAGCCGACUGGCCAGUAGGAGGCUUGCAACCACAGGCAAACUGAUUGAUGGAGAUGAUGAUGAUGACAACUACUUUGACGAUGACUGGACUUGGAAUUCAGACAGAAAACCAGGAAAGAAGAAUAAGAGAGACAGGGGAAAUUCACCCAGGAGAGCAAAAGCCCCUAGGAAGAAUGGUGAAGCUGGUACACCACGUCCAGGCACGCCUAGUUCUGUUCACAGUGGCGAAUUACCAGCAACGAGGACUGGACUCACUGUGGCUGCCUUUGAACCCCUUGGAAAUGAGGAGAAGAAGAGCCUUCUUUCCCAGACGUGUGGUGUAAUAUCAGAACAUACAGCACGCAUGUGCACAAGAUCUCAUCGAUGUCCGCAGCAUUCAGAUGAACAGAGACAGAAUGUCCGUCUACGACUUUUAGGUUAUGCAGAAUUUGAACCCAUUGUAGGAAGGAGUUCACUGGAAGCUGAUGAUGUGAUUGAUGUUGACAGCUAUGAGGAUGGUGAUGGACAAGCCUUGAGAGAUACUUUGAACAGGUUAUCAUGGGAGGAAGAAUCGAAUGUUUCGACAGGCGACGACAACUCACCCGCUGCAUUUGGAAGCGUACCUCUUUCGAAAAAGAAAAGAAAGAAAAAAGCAAAACACAAAAGACGUCCCAGAUGAACUCACGAAACUCGAGGCCGGUUAUCAGUUCAAGACAAGUGUCACGGGCGAGACUUAAGGUUACACCAGCGAGCGCUAGGUGCUGUUUUUUGGAUUAGUACGCGCAUUUAAUUUGUUGCAGUGAUUCUGAAUUCUGACUGAUGAGCCAUUGGCAAAGCAAGCUUGGAGGCACCUGUUAGUUUUGGUCGGCCUUUCAACCGUUGGAUUUGAAUAAGACUUGCGUUUGGUUGCAACGUCUUUUCACGUUUUCUUGUGGCCUUUUACGUAAGUGAGUAAAAAGGUACUAGCAGCACCUACAGUGGUUUGUGGAACAUGAUUCUUAAUCGGUUUUCGAUGUAACUGGCUUUUUUAUUGACAGACGUGGGCUCUUUCCUGAAUGUGAAUUCUCACCAACUAUUUUGGGAAACUCAAAACCGGAAGUAAUAAGUUGCGUCACUUUGAGCGCGAUAAGGGACUUUCUUUCAUCGAGAAAACCUGGAAAUAACUUUCCAAGAGUUGAGAGACACUAGAAAAGAUGAGCUUAUCCCAUUAAGGAACAAGGAUUUUAAUGCAUGGCGAAGAUUAGCACGGAUUUAAAAUGACAAACCCUAGAGAUUGGACAAACAGUAUGGCGCUUUAGUAUAGCGCUUUUCGGUGGAGUGUCGUUCGCAAGACCAAACCCCAAAUUAAAAUAAUCUCAACAGCCAAUCACAACAAAGUAGAAUAUCACAAGGAGCCAAUUAGAGCUUGCGCUCAAACGCACACGAGCAAAACUGCUUGUAGCGCGGGAAAACGCCAAUGACCGAGUCACGGUUGGUAUCAGUUUUCUAUCUGAUUGGUUUAAGAGGGCGGCGCGAGGUUUAGAACGCUUUUCGAUUGAGUGUCGUCAAACUAAAACCAAAGCAACCACAACGGCCAAUUAGAGGAAAAGAUAAUACCUUUAAGAGUUAGUGAAAACUGAAAGUAAAAACUGCCUGAAACGCUGGCGACCAAGUCGUGAUUGGUCUUAGUUUUGCACUGCAAAACCGAAGCAAACGCAGAUUACACACGACACUUCAUUUAAAAUGGCGCGAUUGCCCGGUACGACUGCACAUAAACAGUGAGUGCAGGAUUAUUUUUGUCAAGGAGAUAACAGUGCUCUCAAUACAGACGCGGUCAACUUCAACUUGAUUCUAACAUUAACUGCUGUACUAGAAAAAGCAUUGGUACGUAAAGCCUUGUAAUGUCGCAAUUGUGGCUGAGUAAGUUAUUGACGAAUUGCCUCUGUGAGUGCAAGUUUGAUAAGCAGCUUGAAAAUAAAAUUAGCAUUAGAAUUUGGAAACUA